UUCAGACUUGAGAACAGUUCAGAGAGUCAGAACGUGCCCGAAAGAGAGAGAGAGAGAGCCCGCGAGUGAGUGCAAGGGGACCUAGAGGAGUCAGGGCGAGAAAGCGAGAGCUCUAAGAGCUAAGCUUGAGACAGAGUGACCAUGGCUGUCUCCGCACCUCCGGUGAUCUCUGCAACUUCCACCAGCGCUGGCGUCCCGGGGGGUUUAUUCCGGGCUGAACCCCUGUAUUCAUCUCCAGGAGAACCCCCUCGUCUAACCCCUAAUAUGAUCAACAGUUUCAUGGCUAGUAACCACAACGGCGGUGUCGUGGGUGGCGGGAUUGGUGGUGGCAGCGGUGGCACCAGCAACACCAACACAAACGAGUGCCGGAUGGUCGACAUGCAUGGGGUGAAGGUGGCUUCAUUCCUGAUGGACGGCCAGGAACUGAUCUGCCUGCCGCAAGUCUUUGACCUUUUCCUCAAGCACCUGGUGGGAGGGUUGCACACAGUGUACACUAAGCUGAAGAGGCUGGACAUAUCUCCGGUGGUGUGCACUGUGGAGCAAGUUCGAAUCCUCCGCUGGCUGGGGGCCAUCCAGCCCGGGGUGAAUCGUUGCAAGCUCAUCACCAGGAAAGACUUCGAAACUUUUGUUCACAGUUGCACCAACGCCAGUUCAAGGCCUGGCAGGCCCCCUAAGCGUUCUUUGGGAGUGUUGCAAGAUAAUGCACGACUUCUGCCCCAUGCAGUCCCAGGCCUCUUAUCACCAGGACUUAUCACUCCAACAGGUAUAACAGCUGCAGCGAUGGCUGAGAGGCAAAUGAAGCUUCCUGAAAAUGGUAGCUUGGCGGCAAUGAAUACUCUUCAGGUAAAUGGUACAAAUGGGACUGAGUCUGAGCCAGAUGACCUUAAUUCCACCACAGGUGGAAGUGAAUCCUCCUGGGAUAAAGAGAAGAUACAAUCUCCACUUGCUGCUCCUGGAGCUCAACAUGGAAUUGCUCAUGCAGCUCUUGCUGGCCAGCCAGGCCUUGGUGGUGCUCCUACCCUCAAUCCACUUCAGCAGAAUCACCUUCUAAGCAAUCGUCUGGAUCUCCCAUUUAUGAUGAUGCCUCAUCCCCUACUUCCAGUCAGCUUACCUCCUGCAUCAGUUGCCAUGGCAAUGAAUCAGAUGAAUCAUCUCAAUACUAUUGCCAACAUGGCUGCUGCAGCCCAGAUUCACAGUCCACUCUCCAGAGCUGGUGCCUCUGUUAUAAAGGAACGGAUUCCAGAGAGUCCUUCUCCUGCUCCAUCUCUGGAAGAGAGUCAUCGUCCUGGGAGCCAGACCUCCUCCCACCCAAGCAGCAGUGUGUCCAGCUCUCCUUCACAGAUGGAUCAUCAAUCUGAGAGAAUGGUUAUGAUGCCCAACAAUAGAGAAGAAAUUAUUAUUGACCAAGAUAAUGGACAAAGCAUAAAAAAAUUCCAAAGGGAUAAUAAAGAAGAAGUACCAGCUCAAAUCCCAAUGAUGAAGUCACCCUUGGACAAGAUCCAGUUGGCUCCUGGACAGGCAUUGCCCCCUGGAUUCCCUGGACCAUUCAUUUUUGCUGAUAGUUUGUCCUCUGUGGAGACUCUGUUGACCAACAUUCAGGGUCUACUAAAAGUGGCUUUGGAUAAUGCUCGCAUCCAGGAGAAGCAGAUUCAGCAAGAAAAGAAGGAACUACGAAUAGAGCUCUACAGAGAAAGAGAAAUUAGAGAAAACCUGGAGAGACAACUUGCAGUUGAGCUUCAAAGCAGAAGUACAAUGCAAAAGCGGCUGAAAAAGGAGAAAAAAGCUAAGAGAAAACUUCAGGAAGCCUUGGAAUUUGAAUCAAAGCGCCGAGAGCAAGUGGAGCAGGCACUUAAACAAGCUACAUCUGGUGACAGCGGUCUGAGGAUGUUGAAAGAUUCUGGAAUUCCAGAUAUUGAAAUAGAAAACAGUGGGACGCCUCAUGACAGUGCUGCUAUGCAAGGAGGUAACUAUUACUGUUUAGCAAUGGCACAGCAGUUGUGUUCAGCCUGAAAGGUCCUCGUUGGCUUUACAUUAAAGAAGAUACUUGUGAUUCCAGUAUAUCUCUGAAAAUAUCCAUCAUGGAGUUAUUUCAGUUGUGCUUAUCAGCAAAGUUCUGUAACUGAAUCAUAUUUUCUGUGUUACAUUAAGUAAAAGAGGAUUAUGUGUAUAUUUAGAAAGCAAUGAUGUAAUCUUUGUCCUUGCAUUAGAUUCACCAAUUUAACACCAUGAGAUAAACCCUGAUGACUUAAGUAUAUUGACCAUAUUUGAUGCUUUUUUAUGCUCAUUUCUGCUUGGCUUUUUGUCCUUCAAAAAAUAUAGUAGUAUCUUAGAGACUAGAAACUUAUAUGUAUGGUUUCUCUGUUAUACCACAUGUUAAGUUAAAGUACACUUUGUUUACAAUGUACUUGCUAAUUUUCAGUAUAAAUAAAAGCAUUUUGAAU